AUGUCGACGUCCGCCGCCUCGCUGGCGAAGAAGCUGCAGAACAAGCCGGCGCCCGCCGGCCACAAGAUCAUCCGCGAGGGCGACGGCGUCAUGAUCUUCCCCGAGCAGAACCGGGUCUUCUACAACCCCGUGCAGGUGCUCAACCGCGACCUGAGCAUCGCCAUGAUCUCCGAGUUCGCGCGCACCCGCGCGCGUGAGCAGCUGGCCAAGGAGUCGCGCAAGGAGGCCGCUGCGGCGGGCAAGGCGGCCGACUUCGUGCCCAAGGAGUACUCGGACGAGGAGAUCGAGCAGCACCUCAAGGACACGGCGGAGGACAAGGGCAUCCGCAUCUUCGAGGCGCUGUCGGCCUCGGGCCUGCGCUCCAUCCGCUACUUCCAGCAGAUCCCCGGCGUCAAGUCCAUCCUCGUGAACGACAUGGACCCCGCGGCCGUGGAGACCAUCAAGCGCAACGUCGCGUUCAACGAGCUGCCGCUGGACCGCGUCAUCCCCAAUGAGGCGGACGCCACCGACGUCAUGUACAACCACAGGAAGCCCGCGGACCAGUUCGACGUCAUUGACCUGGACCCGUACGGCUCGGCCUCCAUCUUCCUGGACAGCGCCGUGCAGAGCGUCAGCAACGGCGGACUGCUCUGCGUCACGUGCACGGACAUGCCCGUGCUGUCGGGCAAGCAGCCCGAGGUCUGCUUCUCGCGCUACGGCGCGCUGCCCAACAAGUCGCACUACCUGCACGAGAUGGCGCUGCGCAUGGUGCUGCAGACCAUCGAGUCGUCCGCGAACCGCUACGCGCGCCACAUUGUGCCCAUCGCGUCGUGCAGCAUCGACUUCUACGUGCGCGUGUUCGUGCGCGUGUACAAGUCGCCCGUGAAUGUCAAGAAGGCCAUGACCAAGCUGUCCUACGUCUACCAGUGCGUGCAGUGCGAGAGCUUCCACCUGCAGCCGCUCGGCGUCUCGAGCGGAAAUAGCUACCACGCCUCGCGCGGCCCGAUUGUCGGCCAGGAGUGCGACCAGUGCAAGGGCAAGUACAAGAUGGCCGGCCCGAUCUGGUCGGCGCCUCUCCACAGCCGCGACGUCGUCCUAAAGAUCCGCGAGCGUGUUGAGAAGAGCACUACGGAGUUCCCCACCAAGCCUCGUCUCCACGGCCUGCUGACGACGAUCUCUGAGGAGCUGGUGGAUGCCCCGCUGCACUACACGCUGCCUGGCCUGAGCAAGGUCCUGCACUGCUCGAACCCUCGUAUGUCACAAAUCCAGGGCGCCAUUCGGCACGCUGGCUACGAAGUCUCGCAGUUCCACAAGGUUCCCGAGGCUAUCAAGACCACCGCGCCGAACGACGUUAUUUGGGAUAUUAUGCGCUGCUGGGUGAAGAAGCACCCGCUGAACAAGAAGCGUGACGGCCAGGAGACCCCCGGCAGCCGCAUCCUUGCUACGAAGCCCAAGUUUGAGGCCAACUUCUCGUCUAAGCGUCCAGGACCGAACGAGAAGCCUAAGGCGUUGCGCUUCCCUCUUAACCCGGAGCCGAACUGGGGCCCGAAGGCACGUGCCGUGGGCAACAGGGCUGAUAACGCGACUCCUGCCGAGAAAUCUGAAGACAAGACAGAGGAACCGGAGGCGAAGAAGGCCAAGACGGAGUAA